AUGGAAAGCUUGGCGCAUUCUCGCCAACCAAACAAGUUUCCCGUCACGGUUUCCAAGAAAAUCACCGGCGCCGCCGGAGGAGCCGGUUUUCAGCCGGAAACUCUAUACGACCACGUCUACGGCGGGGCGCCGAGGUUUGCUGGUGGCCACGCUCUCUCGCCACGCUUCGAGGAUUACGGCGAGAUUUUCGCGAGCUUCCACGCACCGCGCGCCUCCGCCAUUCCUGUGCUGGAUCUUCCGGCGGUCGAGGGCGGUGACGUCUUCUUCGACUUCCGCAAUGCCGCGUGCGACUAUGCCGAAAUAUUCCGAGGCUUUGACGGCCUAGAUUUUUUGCUAUCAUACGAGGACUUGUUUCGCGACGGUGUCUCCGAAGAAGACGACGGUAAUGAUGCUGAAGAGAAAGAAACCUGUGGAAACCCAACGCAGACGCCCGGGGAAACUGAUUCAUUUUCUGGAGACUUGGAACAUUUUGGAAUUAAUCAAGGCAUGUCAAAUGGAGAUCAUUUGCGCUCUUUUGAUGAAAUUACAGAGUUCAACGUUUUGUAUCAUAAGGUCCAUGGUACAGGCAAUGAAGAUAUGUCAAAGGGGAAAAGUCAUAUAAGUCAGCUGCGUCCUGCUCCUGAAUUCAAUCAUGUAUUUGAUGAAACCACGCACUUUCUUAGGACUGAUCCCUCCUUACAGGUUGUUGAUGAUGUUGACCUUGAUAUGGAAUUUAAUGCAAGCCAGGCAAAGAGAAACCAUCUGGGAGAAAUGGUGUCACAUCCGGUUAAUUUUACUUCUGGAGAACAGGUUCUUGUUAGUGAUCUUGAUAUGCAUGGAUGCUGCAGAAAUGGUUCUCAUUCCUGUGAAACGUUCAUAACUGUGUCUGACAUUAGCCUUAGAACUCUACCCUCUCAAGUGCCGCCUCCUUCUCGACCACCACCUGUACUGGAUGAAAAACAAGGGUACACUAAUGGUUUUCAUUCAAACAAUGAGGGGGUUGAUUCUGAAGAGAUUCUAGAUGACACUUCACCACAUUUCCUUGAUGUGGAGGUUGAUGCAAAUUCAUCCGUUGCUGCUUCUAUUAAAGAAGUCAUGCAUAGACCUGAAGCAAAACUUCGGAGGGCCAAGGAAUUGGAGAGAAAGAAGGAGUUUUCCGAAAGCAUUGCAGGUUCAAGUUAUGAUGUAAAAAAUAAUGAAGCGAAGACAAUUGUGAAUAUAACUAAAAUUAAUAGUUUGAAUGAUGAGGGUGUGCAGAAAAUUAGUAAAAAGAAAAUUUCUGCCGCAGAGGAAAGGCAGAAAACUAGGAAGGCUGCCCCAGAAACUCUGGUAUCUUUAGAAGGGGAAAGGCUUAUAAACAUGUUUGAUGAAACACAUAUCGAGGAAUCUAGGUCAUCUCAAGAAUCAGAUAGAAGUACUGGAGUUGGGAUGUGGAAAGAAGCAACUGAAUUUUUUGAAUUGGUGGGAACAGAAGAAUCUGGAAAGGUAAUUACGCCCACAAAUAACAGUCAUACUGAGAAGCUGGUACAAGAUACCAGAGUACAUGAGCAUGGCAAGAACGAAAGAGAAGCGUUUAAUAUUACAACAGAACACAAAAAGAUUAAAGAAGUUGAAGGUUCUCAGCAGGAGGAAUGCAAGGAGAAAUAUAAAGCAGGAAAUGGAGCUCAUGCACAGAGAAAAAACAUUAAGAAAUCUAAAUUAUCUAAUGAGGAAUGCAGGCAGAGAGAGCACGUGAAGAAUGAGGAUAUGGCCGAAAUAUUUGAGCUAGAAAAUAGUGAGAUGGCAAGAAUGGUCCGUCUGCAUGGAAAAACCGAUAAGGAAGUACCUAAAGCUGACCAAUCAGGAAGCUUAAAAGACAUGUUUGAGACACUACGCAAUGAGCAUGAACAAGUUGAGAGUGAGAAAUCAAAAGAAGUUGAUAGACAAAUGUUAAGUGAAGUUCAGUGGAGCACGAAGCAUAUGGAAAGUGAGAAAAAACAAAAAGAGGAUGAACAACUAAAAUUGAGUAUGAAAAGGCACAAACAGUCUCAGAGAAUGAAAGAAAAUGGAAAAAUUCAAAGAGAAGCUUCUGCUCUCGGAGGUGUAGAGAGUGAGCAAUGGGUGAGAGGUUCUGUGAAGCUAGAAAAAUUUGAAAGAUCAAAUGAAGCCUUUAAUCUGGAUAGCCAUGAGGUAAAUAUGUCUUGCAAAGGAGAAGAUGAAAUUAUCCUUGAAGCCACACAGAUUCAGAACAAGAAGCAAUUGAAGGAGACAUAUGAAAAUGAAGAAGUUGGGAAAAGCCUCAAAGGUUCUUUUACAAUGGAAGAAAAUUAUGAACGUUUAAAGCAUGCUCUUGAGCAGGUAAAGAAUGAAAAGGGACUUAAACAGAACUUUGAACUUGAAAUGAACGAGAAAAGAACUGAAGUGAAUUUUGAGCUGGGGGAAAAUAAGGCUUGUGAAACAGGUCAAGAGAAUCUUAGUGAAGUUUGUGAUGGGUAUAGCAAAGUAAAUAGACUAAAAGAUGCGGGUGAUAGUAUAUGGCUUCAGAAAGUUCUGAAAGAUGCUCUUGAGCUACAAAUGAAUAUUGGAAAUGAGGCUCAGAGGAAGAAAGAAAUCCACCGCCCAUCAGACCUAGCAUUUGACUGGGAAGGAACUGUGGAUAUAUCUCGUGAGGAUAGUCACUUCCAACAGUAUGGCAGGAUGCUCAAUGAUGCUAACAAGAAUGGAAAAGAUGAGGGAUUGGGCAAAGCUUUGGAACAAGCGGGAGAAGGGAUACACAUUAAUUUUACAAGUGAAACCAAUGAAGCAUGGAAAACAGAGAGUGAUGGCAAUCUUCUGGCAGCUCACUCAUCCUCCAUUCAUAAAGAAAAUAUUUGCAAACAGGAGGUAUGUCAAGACCCUAUAGCUGACCAUGAAAUUGGAAAGAGUGUCACUGACUGCCUGAUUGGUGAAAAGAAAUUGGAAGAGGUAUGGAUGGAAAAUCUAAAGGAUAGUGGGAAAAAAGGGGCUUUUGAAAUAUCCCAAGGAGAAGCAGAGUAUUCAGGAAAGGUGACUUGCACUACUACAAAUAUAGAUGUCAACGAGCAUAGUUUUAACAAUGAACAGGCAUGCACUGAGAAAACUAAAACAGCCCCUCAAAUGGAGUUUGAUGCUCGAAGUCGAGAGAGCACAAUUUCUCAUGAGGAGUGUGAGAGAGCAGAGACUAAACAAGUGAAUGUUUCACUAAACCCUGAAGAAAGCCGGGACCAAAUGUCAUCAAGACAAGCUAACCUGCAUAGUGAUUAUGGAAGGAACACAGUAGCUGAUGAACCUGCUACAGUGCAAGAAGCAGUAAAUAUCCAGAAACCUUCUCAAAGAGCUCAUGUGUUAAGCUCCACGAAAAGCGAAGAUAAGAAUCUUGAUGAAACCUCUGCCUCAGUAGAGAAAGAUGUUGUGAGGAUAAGAAGAGAAAGAGUGUUGGAAAAAGAUCGUCUCAGAAAGAUUGAAGAGGAGAUGGAGAGAGAAAGGGAAAGGCAGAAAGACAGAAUGGCUGUUGACAGAGCAGUGCUGGAGGCUGAGAGGGAAAGGGAAAGAGGAAAGGAUCGGAUGGCAGUUGAUAGAGUAACUUGGGAGGCUCGUGAUAGAACAUAUGCUGAAGCUCGUGAGAGAGCAGAAAGGGCUGCAUUUGAGAGAGCAACUGCAGAAGCUCGACAAAGAGUACUAGCUGAGGCCAGGGAAAGACUUGAAAAGGCAUGUGGGGAGGCCAGGGACAAAGCAUAUGCUGAUAAGGCUGCUGCAGAAGCCAGAUUGAAAGCACAGCGAACUGCUGUGGAAAGAGCAACUGCAGAGGCCCGAGAGCGUGCAAUGGAAAAAGUAAAGGUUGAGAGAGCGGCAGUUGAGUCCAGAGAUCGAUUAGGGAGAUCUGUCUCUGACAAAUUUAGUGUUUCGUCCAGAAACGGUGGAAGACAGGGCUCUUCAUCGUCAGAUAUGCUGGAUCCAUAUUGUCAGAACUCUAGCUCCUCCACUCAUUCCAGAUAUCCAUAUUCCUCAGUUUAUGGUGCUUCUUCUUUUACGGAAAGAUCAGAACGAGAAGGUGAAUCAGCUCAGAGGUGUAGAGCUAGACUGGAGAGGUAUCGCCGGACAGCUGAGCGUGCAGCAAAAGCUUUGGAAGAAAAGAACAUGCGGGACCUUGUAGCUCAGAAGGAGCAAGCUGAGAGAAAUAGAUUAGCAGAAACCCUGGAUAUUGAAGUCAGGAGGUGGUCAAGUGGAAAAGAAGGAAAUUUGCGUGCUUUGCUUUCAACCUUGCAAUACAUUCUUGGGCCUGAUAGUGGGUGGCAACCGAUCCCACUGACAGACGUCAUUACUUCUGCUGCUGUAAAGAAAGCUUACAGGAAGGCCACGCUUUGUGUCCAUCCCGACAAAUUACAGCAACGUGGAGCAAGUAUUCAGCACAAAUACAUAUGUGAAAAAGUUUUUGAUCUCCUAAAGGAAGCUUGGAACAAAUUCAACUCAGAAGAGCGAUAG